AAAAACCCAUUCCAAAGGUUACAAUGGAAUGGCGACGGUACCAACUGAAAAAAAAACACAUUAUUUUUCCUUUAUUGCAGAGUUGAAAGGGAAAAGGGAAGUAGAAAUUCCGACGACUGCAAGUCCUUCCGGGGAAAUGUGGAGCACAUUGAUGGACCGAGUGACCACUCUGACAUACGCGGUGUGGAUUCUCGUGGCCCUGUUGUCCCCUUGCAUACUGUUCUAUAUACUCAAACGCCUGAUCGCCUAUAGGAAUCGUUCACAUGACAAAAACACUGACGAAGGCAGUAUACCACAGAGGUAUCAGCAGUUAUCUGGUCGGGAUGAGGAUACAGAUGUCAAUCCUGACCAGGUGAACCCCACAGCUCCACCGCAACCUCUUGACAUGUCGGGGCAUAUUGGUUCGUCAGUCAGUGUAUACCAGCCGUCACCGUCUGGACAAGGUGGGCACGACUCUACACGGAGAAACCACAGGAUUCUGCCGGAAACUAUACCAGAAUCCCCAGCGGAACCACGACCAAAGGUUUAUCUUCGGCAGCAACAUCCUGUGGAGGAGCAUCACGUUUCGGACAUGGGAGACUUUCACCUACUGGACGGGGCCAGCUUGACCACUCCAACAGGUGUUGAUCCUGAUGCUACGGUCGUGAAGAACAACAAUCCUUGUGACUGGUCUGAUGAGAUUGAGGUAGUGCCGGACGACAUCGACGGUCAAGCGCCUCUGUCAAGUAGACCAUGUGUUAAUUCAUGUCCUGGAAUGGUUGGAGCUUACACGGGUACACAUGCCAGACGUACCGUACCAAGGGUGUCAUCCCAAAAAAGUAUCAUCUCAUCGACCAGUCGUGGCUCUGACAGCGGCAACUAUACUUCAGCUAGCUCCAGCGACACAGACAAUAUCGCCAUGGAAAAGAGAAGCUUGGUGAACGAGGAUAAUACUUUGACUGCAAAUGUUUGAAACCAUUAUUUGGUUAGUUCUCAGUGUUCUUCCAUUUUCCAUGCUUUUAUUUCCUUUCUAGGACACGAGUCCAUAAUUAGUUGUGUAUGGAAGUUAGUAGGGAUACUUUCGAGGGCGUUAAAGCUAGGACGAAACAUGUCACAAUGCCUACAUCGAUGAAUUCUGAGUCCAAUAUUGGGAAAUUUUGCUUAGCUCAAUUUUUAGCAUCACAUUAGCAGAUCUCUGAACUGGUGUUAAGGUAGAACUUUGAGUGCAGCGAGGAGAGACACUAACCAGUCUUUUUAUGUGAAUAACAGGUGAAUACACAAAUUCAAAGUAUAAUUUAUUACUCGAGUUCUGGUAUAUUACUGGUAGAAUUUACAUUUACUAUAUGGUACAGUUCCCUGUGAUAUCGGAUACCAUUGACAGUGUGAUAGCCCGGGAGGCAUUCUCCGUCUGUCAAAACCCGGGCAACAUUCUCCGUCUGUCAAACAUACGUUUCACUUGCUUCGUUUUCGUUUUCUGUUUGUGUGUUAAACCAUGAAUGGGGCAUUUCAGCGCUGACUUGUAUUUGGUUGAUAAAUGGAGACAGAAACUUUGUUGUUUUUUACAUAUACUCUUUGUGUAUUAUUUAUUAAUUUAUUCAAUUCUUUUUCAUUUCCUUGAAAAUGCAGUAACAAAAGAGUAAUAUAAUAUCGAAAUUGUUCAUAGCUAUUUAAAUCUGUAGCUAUUAAAAUCUGGAAUAGAGCCGAUCUAAACAUAACAGAAUAUGUUAAGUUGAUUUGCAUCUCGAGAUCUAAUUAUUACAAUAAUAUUCAAUUGCGUUUUUAGGAAAAGUAAGCUUGCAUUUUGUUCAUGUGGUCUUUGGAAGGCAUCGAUUGUUUUUUCAGUGAGCUCUGUUUUUUAUAGCUGACUAGCACGAAAUUAUAUGUAUUAAAGCCACGAUUCGAAAUAUAUAUCAAAGGCGAAUGAAAGCAAAAUGUAUAUAUAAAUCAUACACAUUGUUUGAAGCUGACAGAAAUUGCUAUCGUCAAUGUGUACUGUGAUCUAAUGUCUUUUAUAUGUAUGAUAUAUCAGAAUGCAUUUUCCCAUUUGGGAAAGUCUUUUCAAAAUAAACAGACAUGUAUACAAAGAUUCACAGUUAAUGAUCUUCCUCGUUGCAGAACAUGCCACUGACCGAGGAUAUUAGUGACCAUGGAGGUCGGUUUGAAGAUACGAUAUUUUUUUUUUUUUUUAGAUCUGUAAAAUCUAUAAGCUAGAAAUAUAUGAUACAGCUUAUCACACAGUGUUUUCAGGGUUGUCGUUCGAACAAUUGUAACCCUGAAAACGAAGUGUUACAAUCUGUAAUUAUUUACGGGUUUUAUAGAAACGAUGUACAUGUAUUAUAUAUACAAUGAUAAUACGGAUUAAUUCGGUAUGCUACAUAUAAUUAUAAUAAAUAAAAAUAAUAACAAGUAAUUAUAAUAAAAAAGAUAUAGAUGUGAUGUACAUGUAUGCGAUAACGUUAAAGAGUUUACUGGCACAUGUAUGGUGUAUAGAUUUGCAUUGCUUUGAUUGGUAUUACGUAAACGAUAUGAUUUUAAUCAGAUUGAAGGUAUAGUGUGAUUCUUGUUGGUUGUGUACAUCAGGCUGUGGGCUGUGAUUUCUCCCCUUACACUGUGAUGUCUGCCAUGUCCCUUAGCUGAUACAGUU